CGAUCCCGAUAGUCGCACCCGCGCGCGAACGUGCGCUUCUAAAAAAGUUUUUUUUUUUCAACUUUAGCGCCGCAACAGAACUCCAGCUCCCGCUUCGUCGCUGUUGUGUUAAACGCUUACUUGUAGAUUUUCCUCCGUAUUUAUUUUAUUAUUAUUUUUAAUUCCACUUCCGCUCUCUGCUGCGUCCCUGACGCUCUCAGUCACAUCUGGAGCUCCACACAUUUUCCAUCUCUCGUCCAAACUCGACUUAUCUCCUCGUGAGAGACCUUGGACCUUGACCGAGUGCACCAGACAGACGGGCAGCCAUGUUGAUCAUCCUAGCCUUCAUCAUCCUCUUCCACCUGGCUGCAACUGUUCUGCUCUUCGUUGCAACCAUUCACAAUGUGUGGUGGGUGGUGUCGCCACCUGGGAUGGAGGUGAUCUACAGUGACCUGUGGUACUCCUGUAACUCCACCUGCUUCCCUGUGGCCGGCAGCCAUACGAAAGAUGCAGCCUACCUGCAGGCAGUCCAGGCCACUAUGAUCCUGGCCACCAUUUUAUGUGUGGUCAGCCUCUUUGUCUUCAUACUUCAGCUCUUCAAGAUCAAGCAAGGAGAGAGAUUCAUUUUCACCGCUAUUAUACAGCUCUUGGCCUCUCUAUGUGUGAUGAUCGGUGCGUCCAUCUACACGGCUGAGAACAAGUCCUUCCACGUGCCGAGUCUUCAGGAAGGCUCCUACGGCUCCUCUUACAUCCUGGCCUGGAUAAGCUUCCCCAUGACUCUUGCCAGCGGCCUAAUGUACCUGGUGCUCAGGAAGCGCAAAUAAGAUGGGAUGUAAAAGUCUCACAAGCACCGUUCCUAUGUAUGUAAUAGGAACACUUUUACUCCACAAGAUGUAAACUUUUCCUCCACAAACAUGGCUGCGCGUGCUCUCUCUGUCUAACCCUUAGAUUUUAUAAUACAAUUGCAAAAAUAAAAAUAAACAUACCAUAAAUCCAUACAGUCUCACCACACUCAGACCUUCAAACAGUCUCAUACCCUUCUUCCCUCUGGUGCUGUGUUGGUCUCACUGAAUGUAGUAAAGAUGUGUUAGCGUGUGCGACAGCCGGUAACAUGACAUCUAAGCACCCGACGACAGGAAACACAGUCGUGAUUCAUCACACAAGAGUAUACCUGACAGGCGUAUUUGCUUAAAGGUCAAUUCAAAUCUACUCCACGCAAAUGCACUCACUGCUCUGCACAAAUAUCAAAUACGACAUGAGACUUUAUCAGUCCAGCUGAGACUACACACACACACACACACACUCAGCCAUUACUUCUGUUCCAACAUGUCCAUUUGUCCACUGCUCAUGUCUCUCUGUCCACACACCGUUCAUAUAAACUUUAAAAUAUCUCAUCUGAAGAAGAAAAGUGGGGAGGUUUUCCUCACUGGGACACAAGCCCCUGGACUUCCCAAUGGAUUCUUACUCUUUUUUUUAGUGAAGCUAUAAUCAUUAGAUAUUACAUUGUACAUAGUGUAUUUGCUGUGUAUGUAUAUUUCAGGCACUUCUCAAAAACCAUAUUUCUACGACUGCGCUACAGUCGCGGCGCGUGCGCGUGUGCGUGUGUGUGUGGUAAAGCAAUAGAGAGGAGCUCGUGUUAACCAUAGCAUAUAGGAAGUGUAGUGAAGCUCUAGUUUGAGGUAUAAUAUGUAGGACUUUAACCCUUUUGUUUGUAAUCUUAUGUUUCUGACUUGUAUUUUAUUGAUGUAAAAGGAACCAAUGAUGUGCUGUGAUAUUUGGGAUUUAAAAAAAUAAGAAAUGACAAAACAGAAACAUGCAAACUUGAAAUAAGAAUAAGCAUCUCUUUGUCAUUAGUGUUUCUUUUGUUUUGUUUUUUGUCGUUCACUGAGAGAAAAAACAAAAAGACGAACGCUAUCUAUUGUUUGAAACCACUGUUCUUUACUUUACCAUGUAACAGAGGGUGUAUGAAGUAGAUUAGUCUUCCCUCUCUGGUCACGCUACUGUUUAUUCGGUCCAAACAUCUCCAGCAGUAAAGAGAGGUUUGAUCCCAGUUUAGCACCGACCGCACAAAUUGGUUUUCUUUUCCUUUUCCUUGUUGCUGGUUGUGGAAGUCACAUACGCACAGUGGUGCUGCACCUGGCUGUUUCGUGACAGACAAUAUGCUCAUGUUGGACAAACUCUGGACCACAGAGGCCGGUUAACAUUCGUCAGAAGUGAAUAUUCAGGGAAGAGAAAUGGAAGUGAAGACUUAGCUCUAUUAUCUCCAGGUGAUACUUGAAAAUGAUCAAAAGAGACUAUCGGAGGCCAAGAUUAUGAUUUUUGUUCAUGUAGCAUUUUGUGCAGUUGUCAUCUUUGAAAGUGUUAAACUGAAUGAUAAGCAUCCUGUUUGCAUGCAAGCUUCUGUCUACCCGUAGGUUAGACGCAAAGUAAGUUAUUGUAGUUUCAAAGGCUUUCAAAAAUACAUGUUAUUAUCGAUUGUGUAAAGCUUAUUUUCAAAUUUCGCUUUGAUUUCAAAAUGUAUCUUAAACAAUGAAUGAAUGAACCAACAACUUGAACAUAAAGAGCGUACUCUGUUGCAGACAUUCAACCGUCUUCUGUCUUAAGAGCCGAUUAUUAGAGCUACACUUGUUUUUAGGAUUGUUUUAACAUUGUGAUGAUUUCCCUGUAGUGUGUUUUGUGUCAAUGUAGAUGGACUGUAUCUCAAUCAGUAUCUGUCUAUUCAGAGAACCAUGGUGCCAUGCUGACAUUUUAGCCAAAAUUCUAUUUAUAGGAAUUUUAACAUUUUACUUGCAGCUGAAAUAUUUCUGUUGCAUAUUGAAGUAUUAAUGACCCAUUUUGUGCCAUUGUCUCCCGUUGGUCACAGAUUUGAGAGUGAAAGAGAAUUCAUGCUUGUUGCUUUUACUCUUUUAGGCAAAUUAAGCGACGUUGUGCCAUGUAUUUUGACCUGUGUUUAUGUCAUGGCAAACUAAAUUGUUUGUUUGCUACUGACACCUAGUGGACUGACAGAGAACAGUUCAGGCCACUGAACAGAUUUGCUGCAAGCUUCUGUCAGGAAGCACAAAUCAGGCAAAGUCUCAUCUCCCCUGCAAGAAUUUUAAAAGGAGCUUCAUCCACAGAUCAGAUGUCGAGCUCAAAAAAUGUAUUUUACAGUAAAUAAAAUGUUUUUGUUUGUGCCAAA